UUUUCCAAGUUUAGUUUGGUGAGGUUAGUGACAAAGUGUGGACAUGUCGAAGUUGGUUGCUGUGCCGAGGCUUUUGACCAAAUGUUUGGGCCAAGUUUCAGGGCGAUGCAUGUCGCAUUAUCCCAUUGAUGAAGCGGUGUUUGGAUUGUCCAGUGAACAGCAACAGCUCCGUCAACUCGUGUUCGAAUUUGCCCAAAAAGAGUUGGCGCCGAAAGCAGCUCAAAUAGACAAGGAAAAUAACUUCACUGAGCUCAGACAGUUCUGGAAGAAACUCGGACAGCUCGGAUUUUUAGGUAUCACAGCAGAUCCCGAAUAUGGCGGCACCGGCGGCAAAUACACGGACCAUGUCGUUAUCAUGGAGGAAUUAUCUCGUGCAAGCGGUUCAAUAGCUCUUUCUUACGGAGCACAUUCGAACUUAUGCGUCAACCAAAUCAAUAGGAAUGGAACUCCUGAGCAGAAGAGCAAGUAUUUACCAAAGCUAUGUUCAGGCGAGCACAUCGGCGCGCUGGCCAUGUCGGAGCCUGGUGCCGGCAGCGACGUGGUCUCCAUGAAACUGAGGGCCGAGAAGAAGGGAGACUACUUUGUGCUGAACGGAAGCAAGUUCUGGAUCACUAACGGCCCGGAUGCCGACGUUUUGGUGGUAUACGCAAAAACGGACCUGACAACGAAGCCGCAGCACGGCAUAUCGGCGUUCCUGAUAGAGAAGGACUACCCAGGGUUCUCUACCGCACAGAAGUUGGACAAGCUGGGCAUGCGGGGCUCUAGUACUGGCGAGCUGGUGUUUGAGGACUGCAAGGUGCCAGCCUCAAACCUGCUCGGCGAGUACAACAAAGGCGUCUACGUGCUCAUGUCAGGGCUGGACCUGGAGCGCCUGGUGCUGGCCGCCGGGCCCGUGGGGCUGAUGCAGGCCGCCGUGGAUGUGGCGUUCCAGUACGCGCAUACUAGGAAGCAGUUUGGGAAGAAUAUUGGCGAGUUCCAGUUGUUGCAGGGCAAAAUGGCGGACAUGUACACAACCCUCAACGCGUGCCGCAGCUACUUAUACAGCGUGUCCCGCGCCUGCGACCAGGGACACACCAGCAGCAAGGACUGCGCCGGAGUCAUCCUGUAUUGUGCGGAGAAGGCCACGCAACUCGCCCUUGAUGCUAUACAGAUACUUGGUGGCAAUGGCUUCAUCAAUGACUACCCGACAGGUAGAAUACUGAGAGAUGCCAAACUGUACGAGAUUGGAGCUGGCACCUCUGAAGUCAGAAGAAUGCUCAUUGGUAGGGCUUUAAAUAAUGAAUACAAGUAAAACUAUUAAUGCAUUAAAUUUAUUAUUUAUU